CAGGCAGAGUUUAUUAUUGCAGGACGGGGAGCCGAGUGUCGCACUGACAGCGGGGUUUUUAUCUCCCUCCCUAAGGAAGGGACGAUGUUUCUGCAAAAGUUGUUCGUCUAUUUAACAGCACCCUGCAUGUUCUGCUAUAUUAUAGCUCUGAGCGUCAUCCUCAAUAUUUUAAAAGUUCUCUCGCCAAACCUCGCCAGGAAGCUCAUCCUGAAAAUGGGAGAAAAGGUUACCAUGACCCAGAAUCCCAGGUUUACCUACGAGGAUUGGGGCCUGACUUAUGGAUCGCUUGCAUUUAUUAAAGUUGCCUCUAAGACUAUGUGGCUUUCACUGGGACAAGAGGCUUUUGUUGGAGGAGAAGCUCCAGACUCACCUGUGAUCAGCAUGGAUGGGGAGAGAACCAGCAUCUUCAAGUACCUCAAAGGCAACAGGCCGCUGGUGUUGAGUUUUGGAAGCUGCACCUGACCCCCGUUUAUGUUCAAGCUUGACGAGUUCAAGCAGCUCGUCAGGGACUUCGGGGACGUGGCGGACUUUCUUGUGGUCUACGUCGCUGAGGCCCAUUCAACAGAUGGGUGGUCCUUUGGCAAUAACUUUGACAUCAGUGAGCACCGGAGCCUCGAAGAGAGGCUGUCUGCAGCACAGAUCCUGCUUCAGAACGACCCUCUGUGUCCUGUGGUGGUGGAUGAGAUGAGUAAUGUCUCAGCCAUCAAGUAUGCUGCCCAACCUGAGAGGCUGUACGUGCUGCAGGCUGGAAAAGUCCUUUAUAAGGGCAAAAUGGGGCCUUGGGGCUACAAUCUUCUGGAGGUGCGUUCAGUCCUGCAGAAAAUGAAAUAAGUUGAAACUCAUCGCUCCACCAGACUUCUCGGGAAAGCUCCUGUUGUUGAAAAUGCUUUGUUUGACUGCAGCUGAUUGGAAUCUUCUAAUCUGACUGUGUUUUUAACUCUUUAUUGGCCCUGAAUCAAAACACUGUCAUCUCUAUGUGAACUUGUGCCUCUAUGGCAUUUACCACUGAAUAACGACAGCUAUUAUAAUUCCUUUGCUCCGUUGUCGCCCCCAGGCUCCCCUGCCACUUUCAUAUAUACGUUCUUAGCUCAACCUCAGCUUUGUGUUUCUUAGUGACGGCCGCAGAUGAAACCGCUGGGAUCUGUGACCAGAUGAGGUGAAACACGGAAACGGUCAGCUUGGAAUUUGUUUAUAAAGCUUGGUAGGAGGGAGCUGGAGUCUUAAAUUUAAAAUAUAAAUUACUAGAACUGCUAAUUUGUUUUCUACUUCUCCAGUCAGUGUCAGUACACCAGUAUAUUCUAUAAAAAAAUCAAAGAUUUAAGAAAAGAUUUAUCCACUCAUCACGUGUCUUUCGCUUAGCUGUAAUUGGGUUUCAGAGCUCCGUGGAGAAAAUCCAAACAUGCCUCGCUAGUGACACUGAAGAUAUCAUGAUACAUUUGUAAGGACUUUGUUACAAACCAACAAAAAAGUAGUGGAUAACAGAACUGGAAGGAAAGGUAUACAUGGUUUUCAAAACCUUUAACAACUGAAGCCUUAAAACUGUGGCAUGCUUCAAUUGGACUGGUUUCUGUUUCUCCUGAACAAAGAUUCUGCACAACACAAUGCUGCCACUGCCAUGUUUCAGCAUGGGGAUGAUGUCUUCAGGUUAGGUUUGUGUUGACAUGUCAACCAAAAACUCCAGUAUUUCUUCCUAUGACUUUCUUCUUAUUUUUUUGACCGUUGUAACAGGAAGUCCCUUAAGAUAAAACUUCUUUUUGGAGGAAAACCUGCCCAAGAGGUACACCGGUGAAAAAUAAAUAAAAUAGAAAUAAUUAAAAGGUGCUGAAAAACAUUUGUUAGAUUGCAGUAGCUAUGUUAUGUCGAAAGAUCCUCCUACCUGAACUACAGAUCUCCUCAGCUCCUCCGAAGUUACCAAGGGUUAAGCACCCCAGGCCUGAACGGUCAGUUUAGGUGGAUGGCCAUGUCUUGGGAGAUUUGUUUUUGUGUCGUACUCAUUCUGAUCUCAGAUGAUACAGUGAACAAAGCCUGGGAUAUUGUUUUAUAACCUCAUAACGACUUUAUCACUGACCUGCCCGCUGUGUUCCACAUUCUUCAAGUUGUUCACUAAUGUUCUACUGUAUUAAUUCCUGACAAUAUGGAAAAGUUCAGUGACUAUACAUACUUUUCCAAAUUACUGUAGAUCAGCUGGGAAAUGAACCCUGAUAGAAACUAACUAAAGGUAUAUACUUUAAUCUUGCCUCGAUUAUUGUGUUAGUUUCCCACAAUAUUGCCCGUUCGAAGAAACUAGCUGUAUGGUCCUAGUCUGAGUCACCGUGACUCACCUGAUACCACCAGCCUACUGGAACAGAAAAAGACUGCUGCAAAUUCACAGAGGACUUAUUAUUUCUUCACAGAAAGGCUCUCCAGGUGCUGACUGUCUGGAGGCAAUAACAAUACAACAGAGUGUUUGUUAUCAGCAAUCUGAAUCUAUGCAGAUGUGCAUGUUUGUGUUGUGAAGCUCCACAUUCAGGUUGUUAUGCUGGUUAUCGCUUAACAGACUUAUCUCAGCCGAUUUCUGCAUUCAGCACUGUUGCUGUUAUGCAACAAGCGUUUGCUUUUUACAGCAUAUCAAAGGGCAAAUCUGUUUCGCAAAUCUGAAUCAGGGGACGAAGCACAGAAAAACACCCUUUAUUACCAAUAUCAAAAUAUUAGAAUGCUGAUGUAUUUUGCUUAAUUUCCAUAUAUUUUGUCAUAAAAUAUGAUAGUUUGAGCAAAAUAAAAGGUCACAUUGUUGCU